AUGAACAGCAAGCGCACCACCAGACUGCGCAGCCAGGCCUGGUUCGACAAUCCGGACAAUCCGGACAUGACCGCGCUCUAUCUGGAGCGCUAUCUGAACUACGGCAUCACGCGCGAGGAGCUGCAGUCGGGCAAGCCGAUCAUCGGCAUCGCGCAGACGGGUUCUGACAUCGCGCCAUGCAACCGGCACCAUAUCGAACUGGCCAAGCGGGUGCGCGACGGCAUCAUCGCGGCGGGCGGCGUGCCGCUCGAAUUCCCGGUCCAUCCGAUCCAGGAGACCGGCAAGCGGCCGACCGCGGCACUCGACCGCAAUCUGCAAUAUCUGUCCUGCGUCGAGGUCCUGUACGGCUACCCGAUCGACGGCGCGGUUCUGACGAUCGGCUGCGACAAGACCACGCCUGCCCUUCUGAUGGCCGCCGCGACCGUCAACAUCCCCGCCAUCGCCCUGUCGGUCGGCCCCAUGCUCAAUGGCUGGCAUCGCGGCGAACGGGCCGGGUCGGGCACCAUCAUCUGGAAGUACCGCGAAAAGCUCGCUGCCGGCGAGAUCGACUAUGACCAGUUCAUGGACGCGGCGGCGGCCUCAGCACCGUCGGUCGGUUAUUGCAACACGAUGGGCACGGCGACGACGAUGAACUCGCUCGCAGAAGCGCUCGGCAUGCAGUUGCCGGGAUCGGCGGCGAUCCCCGCGCCCUAUCGCGAGCGCGGCCAGGUGGCCUACGAGACCGGGCGCAUGGCGGUCGAAGCCGUGCUUGAGCGACGCACGCCGGCCAUGAUCAUGACGCGGGAAGCCUUUGAGAACGCCAUCGUCGUCAACUCGGCGAUUGGCGGGUCGUCCAAUGCGCCGAUCCAUCUGAACGGGUUGGCUCGGCAUCUGGGUCUCGAACUGACGCCGGACGACUGGCAGCGGCUCGGCCAUGCCGUGCCGCUUCUCGUCAAUCUGCAGCCGGCCGGCGAGUAUCUGGGCGAGGAUUAUCACCGCGCCGGCGGCGUGCCGGCGGUGGUGGCCGAACUGAUCCGCAACGAUCUUCUGCCGCAUCCGGGCGCGAUCACCGUCAAUGGCCGGACGAUGGCCGACAAUUGCGCCGAUGCCGAGAACCGGAACGAAGACGUCAUCCGGACGGUCGCGACCGCGCUGAAGAGCGAAGCGGGCUUCAUCAACCUGAAAGGCAAUCUGUUCCGCUCGGCGAUCAUGAAAACCUCGGUCAUCUCCGAGGACUUCCGCAAACGCUAUCUGUCGAACCCUGACGACCCGGACGCGUUCGAAGGCAAGGUGGCCGUUUUCGACGGGCCGGAGGACUAUCACGGCCGCAUCGACGAUCCGGCCGAAGGCAUCGACGAGAACACCAUACUCGUCAUGCGCGGGGCGGGGCCGAUCGGCUACCCGGGCGGGGCGGAAGUGGUCAACAUGCGGCCGCCGGACGCGCUGAUCAAACGCGGCAUCACCUCCCUGCCCUGCAUCGGCGACGGGCGCCAGUCGGGCACGUCCGGUUCGCCCUCGAUCCUCAACGCCUCGCCCGAGGCGGCAGCUGGCGGCACUCUUGCGCUGCUCGAAAAUGGCGACCGGCUGCGGGUCGAUCUGAAAGCCGGCACGGUGAACGUUCUGCUCGAUGAUGCUGAACUGGAAGCGCGCCGCGCGGCGCUCGACGCGAAGGGCGGCUAUGCCUAUCCGGCGUCCCAGACGCCGUGGCAGGCGAUCCAGCGCUCAAUGGUCUGCCAGUUCGACGAGGGCAUGGUGCUGGACCCGGCGGUUGAAUUUCAGCGCAUCGACGAGACCAAAGGGCUGCCGCGCGACAGCCAUUGA